AUGGAUGUAAAAAACGGGUUCCUCCAAGGGACUCUCGAAGAAGAGGUUUACAUGACUCUGCCUCCAGGUUAUGGGACUACCACCAACCAAUCCAUGGUAUGUAAACUAGAAAAGGCCAUCUACGGUUUGAAACAAUCUCUAAGAGCAUGGUAUGCCAAGCUAAUCCUUUUUCUCUUAAAACUCAAUUUCGUUAAGUGUGCAUCUGAUUCUUCUAUGUUUGUCAGACAUACUCAUUCUUGCACUAUCAUUGUUCUCAUUUAUGUUAAUGACAUUAUCAUAACAGGCAACAAUAAUGAAGAAAUUCAGGAAGUAAAACAAAAAUUAAAAGAGGAAUUUGACAUCAAAGAUCUCGGACAACUGUCCUACUUUCUUGGAAUAGAAAUAGCCAGAUCCCAUAAAGAUUGGGCCAGAAGCUGUGACAGAAAAUCAACCUCCGGUUUUUGUACAUUUGUGGGUGGCAAUCUAGUAACUUGGAAAAGCAAGAAACAAACCGUAACUGCUAGAUCCAGUGCAGAGGCAGAAUACAGAGCAAUGGCAUCAACAGCCAGCUAA